AUGGGUGGUAGAAGAUGGUUGUGGUGCAUCCUAGUUGUUUCCCUCCUGCUAUUCAUCUCUUUAGAAGCUGCCAUUGCUGAAGGCGAAGGUGGCAAAGGCAAUAAUGGAGGCGAUCAUGGCGAUGGGGGCAAGGGCAGCAAUGAUCAGGGCCAAAACACCAAUGAUCAGGGCCAGAACAACAAUGAUCAAGGCGAGAACAAUAAUGGCCAGGGGCAGAACCACAACAACAAUAAUGGCAACAAUAACGAUCACAAUGGCAAAAAUGGUGGGGAUGGCAAUGAUAACAGUGGAAAAAAUGGUGGCCAGGGAAGUGAUAACAGUGGAAGAGGUGGUGGCAGAAAUGGUGACAAAAACAAGGGGCCACCACCUCCACCGUCAUACCCGCCUCCAUCUCUAACUCCGCCAUCAAAAUUGCCUCCAUCCCAACCUCCGUCAUUACCUCUACCUCCAUCACAGACGCCUCCAUCAAUACCCCCACCAUCCAAUUCCCCUCCAUCUCUUCCUCCCCCAUCACAAUCCCCUCCAUCUACUUCUCCACCUUCAACAGGCGAUUCCACUGACUACUAUGAGGUGUCACCCACGGAAAGGACAGGACAAGAACGAUUCUUCUGCACAGCAACGAGUGCAUGCUUUUGGAAGAUCCUCACUUGCCCAUCUGAGUGCCCUUCUAGGAAGCCCAAGGACAAUAAGAAUAAAGGAUGCUUCGUUGAUUGCAGCAGCAAGUGCGAGGCCAGUUGCAAGUGGAGAAAACCUCAAUGUGAUGGGUUUGGCUCUUUAUGCUAUGAUCCUCGGUUUGUUGGGGGUGAUGGUAUGAUGUUUUACUUCCAUGGAUCAAAAGGAAGCGAUUUCACCAUUGUCUCAGAUGACGACCUCCAAAUCAAUGCUCACUUCAUUGGAACUCGACCAGAGGGUAGGACCCGCGACUUCACUUGGGUUCAAGCUCUCUCAAUAAUGUUCGACACCCACACACUUGUCCUAGCUGCUAAGAGAGUCUCCAGAUGGGAUGACAAGGUUGAUGCUCUGAUUGCGAAGUGGGACAAUGAGAUGAUUAACAUCCCAACAGAUGGAGAAGCUGAGUGGAAAAUCAACACUGGAAAUAGGGUUGUGGUUGUCGAAAGAACCGAUGAUCAUAACACAGUCAGGGCCACAGUCUCGGGACUGGUGCAGGUGGAUGUCAGGGUGACCCCAAUUGGUGAACAAGAAAACAAGGUUCACAAUUACCAGAUACCAUCUGAUGAUGCAUUUGCUCAUUUGGAGACACAAUUCAAGUUCUUCAAGCUUUCUGAUUCUGUGGAGGGAGUUCUUGGGAAGAGUUACCAGCCAGGAUUUGUAGGCCCAGCCAAGAUGGGAGUGGCCAUGCCACUGAUGGGUGGGGAGGAUAAAUACCAGACUCCAUCACUUACUUCACCGCUAUGCAAAUUAUGCAGGUUCCAGAGGCCCUCCAUCUCCAUGGUUACUGCAAUCUGA